GGUGUCAAAGGAAGAAGUAAAAUUCAUACUCCAUAACAAAAUCCAAUCGCAGGAAAAACAGAGUAGCUAGUUCACUAUGAGCAGCGACUUGUUUCUGAGUAACUCACCUCCCAACAGUUCAUUGGGAGACAAAACCACAAUCAAGGGAUUGAAAUACCAUUGGUCGAACCAGGACAUUUUCGUGGAUGUUGAUACUUGGAUCUUUACGCGUGUAGCUAUACCACAACAUCCCUCCACAGAUUUAUCUCGGUUAGUGGAGAAAAUAGUGAAAGAUGGGAAUUCAUAUACCACACUUCUGCAAAUAGCUCGGGCUGUUGCAGAAACUGCUCUGACGGAGAACGACUAUGUAUCGGCGAUCAGCGUGUCUGUGAAAGUGGAGAAGCCAACUCAAGCCGCUGCUGAUUCCGCUGAUUCUUGGGGGGCUGAAGUCUUUCGCGUCAAGCCCAGAUAAUAACGAUUAUAUGUUUAUAUAUAUUCGUUGUUUUCUUGGAUGGAAAGAAGAUUCACUCGGUGUUGCUUGCAUGGUGUGAUUGUCAUCGUCGUUAUGUUCUGAUUUUUGAAUAAACUAAGCCGAGUUGUACGCUGCUUUUCCCGUGUCAUCAAUCUCUGAAUAAAUUUUAUGUUCCCACGGUCCAAUGUUAUUUUAGCUUUAUUAUAUAGUGAUAACGAUUAAGUGUGUGUGAGUGUGUCCUAGAAUAAACUAGAUCUCUCUUAAUUUAUUCUAUAAGCAAUUGUAAUUCUAGCCGCGUUCUAGGUUACAAGAGACAUCAGUUAAAUUAUUCAAACACAAAUUAAACGGCAUUCAUGCAAUUAAUCCAUCAAGAAUCUAGUCAUACAUCAUGAUUAACCCC